AAAAUUUUAAUAGAGUGACUUCAAAAUUUUGUGGAACAGUGGUAGGAAUUUUUUUUCUAUUUUUGUUUGGGAACCCAGAAAUGUUUUGAGUGUUUUCAGUGAGAUGGUGGUGGAAAAUUGAUGGCGAGUGUUGUUCUUUCUUGCGUUGGGUUGAUACUGAUAUGGAUUUUUCCGAGUCAACCAAAGUUGUUUAUAAUAGAAUUCAGAAGCUAGAACCCGAAAAUGUCUCUAAAAUUAUCGGUUAUCUUCUCUUGCAAGACCAUGGUGAGCGUGACAUGAUCCGGCGGGCCUUCACUUCUGAUAAUGCGAUACAAUGUUUGAUCAAUAAGGCCAAGGCCGAGCUCGGGCUAUCAUCAAAGCCUGCUGUUUCCAGUCCAAUUUCACCUCCUCAGGUGAACCCUUCACCUGUUUCGGAUCUUCCCUUACAAUUCACACCAUUCUCGCCUGCUUCAGCUCGGCCCUUUCCAUCACCCCGGCCUGGGAAUUCCUACUGGGAUCCCCAAGUCAAUGGUGAUCAGCAGCAAGUUCAUAAGUUGGGGGAUUUUGUCCCUCAAGGGUACUCGGAUUCUCUUCCAGAUGAUUUUCGCCUCCAGAGCCAAAUCCACUUCUUGGCUAUGGAGGACCAGUUAGAGAAUUCGGUUGGUUCAGAAUUCUCGGGGAGUUACUACUACGCUGAACAAGCAUUGAAUACUAGAAUCAGUCGAAGGUCUCCCAGCUUGCCCGAAUUUCCCCUCAAGGUCUGCCAUUACUUCAAUAAGGGGUUCUGCAAGCAUGGGAACAGCUGUAGGUAUUUCCAUGGCCACCCCAUGCUCGAAAGCUUCUCUCAGAUUUUCAGCCCGGGUGCCAAUGAGCUCCCUAAUGAUGAUCAUGUCUUUCCACCGGGCUCUCUUGAAAAGCUAGAAUUGGAGCUCACCGAGCUUCUGAAAUCCAGGAGGGGUUGUCCUGUUUCCAUUGCCUCCCUGCCAAUGAUGUAUUAUGAGAAGUAUGGGAGGACCCUUCAAGCUGAGGGUUAUCUUACUGAGAGCCAGAGACAUGGAAAGGCUGGGUACAGCCUGACGAAGCUUCUUGCUCGAUUGAAGAACAGCAUUCGCCUCAUUGACAGACCUCAUGGGCAGCAUUCUGUGAUCCUGGCGGAAGACCUCCCCAAGUACAUGGAGGUCAAUGGCGAGAGAAGUGAUCCCGGUGCCAUUGUUGGCAGCUCUAAACAGAUUUAUCUCACAUUUCCUGCUGAUAGCACUUUCACUGAGCAAGAUGUUUCCAACUACUUCAACAAAUUUGGUCCUGUUCAGGAUGUCAGAAUCCCAUGCCAACAGAAGAGGAUGUUUGGAUUUGUGACUUUUGUUUUUGCCGAAACUGUCAAGCAAAUUCUCACGAAAGGGAAUCCACAUUAUAUAUGUGGAGCACGCGUACUGGUGAAACCUUAUCGAGAAAAGGCCUCAUCCAGGACUGUUGACAGGAGGCAGCAUCCUAUGUAUUACAGUCCACACUUCAUUGAUGAGGAUUCUGAGCUCCAGUCAAUUCCAAGAGUUUGUGAUAAUUCAAGACUACUCAGGAAGCAGCAACUGAUGGAGGAACACGAGCAGGCACUCGAACUUGAGAGGCGUCGUUUAUCUGAGUUGCAGCUGACUCCGAAAACCGCUCACCCUUACUUUGGCUACUCCAUGGAUGAGUUCAAGCAGCACUCUGAUGCAGCCCAUGCAGAACAAGCUGAGUUCCCGUCUGCAGAGCGCCUCAACUACCUCCUGGAGGUCUUGAACAAUGGUUCCACCAGUGAAGACAGGAGCACUAACUACAAUGAACAGGAGAGCAGCCAAGGACUUAAUCUUCCAGAAAGCCCAUUCGCAUCUCCCAUUAGGAACAGCAUUUCAACAGUAACAUAGGUUCAGAAACAGAGGAGUCAUAGAGGUAAGGACUGAAACUCCAAAAACUAUUUUCAAGGGUUCGAUACUACAACAAACAACAGCAGCAGCAUCAGCAUCAGCAGUUUCGUUUUCGUUCUUUUGCAUUUCCCCCUCACAUUUCCCUCUCAAAGAGUCUUGUGUUCCCGGUCAGUUUUCCAAGUGGCAUUAUACCAUACUGAAGCAGAGAAACAACAGACAGCAAAGCAUCAAACUCCUCCCCUGUAAGUGGAGGAGACUGCAAAGGAGAAUGAUACAGAAAAAUCUAAUAUGUUUACAGGUUCUAAGGUUCUAAAGCUUUUUUUCUUUUUAAUGUAACCACAGAGAGGAAGCAGAGAGACAGACAGAGUUCUUAAUCAGAAUGUAAUGUAUAGCCUGCUUUAGCUGAAGAAGAAACUAGAACAAUAUGAAGGGCUCUGAUAAAAGAAGAAAAGUUUUAGUGAUCUCUGCAUCAGUUUUAAGUACCAGCAGCCUACUAUUAUAAUAAAUUUAACUAUACAAAGAUGCACUAUUUUGCAUUUGCUCCUUCA